AGAAAAAAGAAAAAAGAAACAAUAUCAUAAACAAAGCUAGCUGUACAGCGGCAAGCGAACAGAGGCUCAUGCAUUGUGGAACAAAGUUUGCUUUGCCACACAUUUCCAGCCGGACUAUUUUCGUAGCUGGAGCGGUGGUUUUUGUAGGUGGCUAACGUUAACUCGCUGGUAAGCUAGGGAAAGUCGCAUAACAUUACCCAGAGAAAUUAUGAACUAAUCGACGGUUUUCAAAACUGAGAUGGAAGGAGAUGACUUGCGUACGUUUAGAGAGCAGUGGGAAAAAGAAUUAAAGACGACGACCAGAGACCAACAGAAUGCAACGAAAAACAUCACUAAGAUUACUCACUUCACGACAACAAACGAAAACACCAAAAAUCGCUAUUUCGUUGACCAAAAAGGGGAAUCUUUGCACACAAUAAAUCGGAAUAAAUAUGUAUCAGGGUCCCAAAGCAGCAGCAACCAGAGUUUGCAGAAGGAACCGGAGUGUGAAGCAUCGAGUGACCCAACGUUACGAAAGUCUGCAACUGAUCAAGGGAAGGCAAAUGACCAACCAGAGUAUGUGUUUAUAGCCGAGGGUCUGUUGGAUGGCAGAACCAGUCCUUUGCGGGACAGAAUUCAGGUGGAGAGGAAACGAAUUAAGCGCCAGUUUGACGUCGGGACAAACGUAAAUCACAGUCGUGCAAAGCAACAGCCACAGUGCAAAGUGACUAGAAGUGACACAUUUGUGGAACAAUUAAUUCAGGACUUGAAUGAAAUUAAUGACAUUCCAUUCUUUGACGUGGAGCUGCCCUAUGAGUUGGCAUUGAAGAUAUUUCAGCAUCUCGCUAGGGCAGAACUUGGGCGGUGUGCUCAGGUAAGCAAAGCCUGGAAGGUUCUGGCUGAAGAUGAGCUACUCUGGUACAACCUGUGUUUGAAGGAGGGCUAUCAUAGUGAUUCAAGUGUCUCUGACUCCCCUUGCUGGAAGAGUACCCUGCGAGACUGUCUGGAAACGGAAAGAGACCUACGGUACAACUGGAAGAAUCGCGUUGGAGCGAUCAGCCACCUGCAGUAUGAACUGGGGAAGGUGCUGUGCGAUGUUGGCUCCUGUGCAAAUUAUGUCAUUGCUGGGUACACCUCGGGGGACGUCAGGCUCUGGGACACGCUGCACUGGGACUCUGGAGCCUCGUACCUGCACCCCACUCACCUGAGCCUGGGUGCGGACACAAGGCCGCACGUCAGCCAGGUCCGAGUCAACCAGGCUGUGGCGGCCGCCGCCUACGACGACGGGCUUGUGGAUGUGUGGAGCACGGAGACAGGGCAGGAGCCAGUGCACCACUACCAGCACCUGCACCGGGUACACGCCCUGGCCCUGGGGUCAGAGGGCGCUGCCGUGGCAACGGCCUCCGGGGCAGAAGUGCGAGUGGACUGCCCCACGGAGAAAGGCUACUGGAAAACGCAGUGUCGGGCCGAGCUGCCCAAACCGGUGGAGGCUCUGCUCCUGGCCCCAGAGAGGCCGGGGGCCCCCCUGGCAGCAGCGUCCGCAGGGGAAACCGUGUAUCUACUCGGUCCCGAGCGAGACCCCAGAAUCCUUCACUCCGUGUACGGGCACCCCGUCACCUGCCUGGACGUCAGCGCGUGCCGGGCGGCCGUGGGGGUGAAGAGCAGCGGCUGGGCCAUGCACGACGGCGGUAACAAGAUUCAGGUGUACAGCCUGGAGACCGGCCAACCGGAAGCUUCCGUGGGGAACUCGCCAGGAGAUUUCACCUGCGUCAAUCUGCGAGACAGCCCCCCCCACCUGCUGGUGUGUGGGAACAAGGACAGGAGGGUGCGUGUGUUUGACCUGCGGGCUGGCGGCUCGUCUGUGGCCUCCCUGUAUGCCCACCACCUGGGCGUGACCGCGGUCCAGGCGGACGAUUGGAAGAUCGUGAGCGGGGGCGGGGAGGGGCUGGUCUGCGUGUGGGAGAUGAGGAUGGGGGCCAAGCUGUGGGAGACCCACAACAGGCACCCGGUUCGGCACGUGCGGUUCCGCCCCAGCUCCCUGCUCACUGCCAACGUCCCCGACGAGAAGUCCCCCCGCGGGGCGUGCAUCACCGACGAUGACCUCACUGCCCACCGCAGACACAGGGGGGUCAUCUGUCUGUACGACUUCUCCGUGGACACGUCCAUCCCAGAAAACGUCCUGCCCAUCUGCCGGUCCGGCUACGUGGAAUCUUCUGGAUACAACUACAACAUCGGGCUGGCUAUGCCGUACGACGCUCUCGCUGGAGGCCAGACGCCCUCGUGACUGUCUGUGGACAGGGCCCAGAGACUGACCAGCUGACACACUGCAGAACUGCACCUCCGAUUAGGGACAGCUUCUUUUUAUUUCACAAUAACCUUCCCUCACUUAUUAAGUAAGUUAUUUUUCCCCAGUGUAGUCUUCUAAAAGAAGCCUUGGAGGUCUGGAGCAGCGGAACUCUCGUUUCUUUUUAAACGGUAACUGCCGUGACGGAAUCAGUUCUAAACCCUGAGUCCUACCUGUCUGAAUUCAGCCGUGGCAUUGCUGCAGGUUAAAUGGUCUCAUUGAAAGUGGUAACAUUAUUAUUAUUAUUAUUAUUAUUAUUAUUGUGGUAAUAAUCUGGUCCCUGUUUUGUUCAAGAAAAAGUAAUGGAGCAGGAUUUGGGCAGGGCAGUGAUUAAACCUUGCCGAUGUCAUAAAUAUGAUUCUCAUUCCAGUUCUACAUGAGGCCUGCCCCUAUGUGCUUUGUCACUGAAACUUUAAAAAGGAAACAAGCAAGUAUUACAUUUUUAACAUUUAAAACACUAUGCUGCUCCCUCCAAUGAGUAAAUCAGUGACCGACUGUAAGUAAUAAAGAAAGCAGGGCUUACUUGGCAACGUUGUCUGUCCAAUCUGUGUACAAAGCACAUUGCGGCCAGAUUGAAUCUGCCUCAGGUCUUCUUGUGUAACUGCUGGUAAUUAUCUUGUUUUGUGUAUGAGUAUUCAAAUAUGUGUGUGAUCCUCCCUGUACAACCUGUUUAACAUGGAACUGGAAGGUUAAAACAACAUUCAAUACAAAAUACCAAUCACGGCGAA